CGGAAGUGCCGGGCGCCGGGCGGAAGCGGCGACAAGGGCGGCGGAGACGCAGAUGCCUGGUUCUAUCAUACUCUUAAGUACACAAAGGCAAGGCAGAGGAACUAACAACACUGCAGCUUGCUGCUGCAGGAUCACGUGAGCUUGGAGAUUGGGUGUGCGAAAGGAUUCUUUGUACAAAUAGGAAUUCUGGCCAGUGAAGGUCAGUUUCUCUGCUCGAGCGAGAACAAUGUUGUUUCCCUUCUAAUCAGAUGCACACAGCGACUGAAGAAUCCAGGAGCCCCACGUUUUAUUUGUCUUGGGUGCAACUAAGACCACAUGCUGUGUUUUGUCAUGUUGGAAAUACGGAAGCAGGUUUCCACUAAUUAAGAUGCUCUGGUUUCAAGGAAAGAGCAUGCAACUUGCCCAAUACUCCUUUCAACUCCUCCGGAGAAAUCUCUCUGCUUCUAAGACUGCUCUGCCUGUGCUGACCUUAUUCACAAAGGAUCCAUGCCCCCUUUGUGAUGAAGCCAAGGAAGUACUGGAGCCUUAUAAAAACAGGUUUAUUUUACAGGAGGUGGACAUCACACUUCCAGAAAACUCUGCUUGGUAUGAAAGGUACAAAUUUGACAUCCCUGUCUUUCAUUUGAAUGGCCAGUUUCUGAUGAUGCAUCGAGUGAACAUCUCAAAACUUGAAAAACAGCUCCAGAAACUUGAGCAGCAAGGUGCCGAAGGCUGAUGAACGCCCUCGUGAUUUUCUACCCGCUCUGUCAGGAAGGCAUUUCCCUGUGGCCUCAUAGUCCUUUUGUCACUUUCAUGCAGCUCAAAGGAUGUUCUGCCAUCAGUGGUACCAAAUAAAUGGUGAUCUUCCUCUUCUGAUGAAUCGAAGUACCAAUAUGGGAACUGUUUACCUGUUGGCAUUUUAUAAAAUGAGAGAGCAUUUGGCAGGGAGGGGAUGAUGGAGGGCAGGAGAAAUCCACUUGUUUUCUUUAUUUCUCUCUUUUGUAUUAAUAUGGAAGCAUUUCACAUUCACUGGCUGGAGCCAUUUAUAGAAGAAGGCUCUGUGUCCCUGCUGCUACCCUAAGGGCUUAACUUUUUAAUGAAAGAAUAAAUGUUCUUCCACUUGGUAGAUAAAGUGAAAUGUGAAUUGUUAAUAACUGUGCACAGUCAAUAAAAGGAUGUUUUAACAAAUA